AUGAUCAUUUGGGCAGUAGGGACAACGAACAAAGCAAAAUUGAACUCUGUUGCCUUGGUUGUUAACAAGUGUUUUCCUGAUCAACAACACGACAUCAGACCUGUUGAGGUGAGUUCAGCUGUCCGAGCUCAACCCAUGUCAGCGGGAGAGUCACAAGAAGGGGCUCAACACCGCGCCCGAGAGGCGCUACGGCACAUACCUGAUGCCCAUUAUGGGGUAGGAAUGGAAGGUGGCCUGGAAAAGAUCGGUGACAGAUGGUUUGAAUGUGGGUGGAUGCAUGUCAUUGAGCGUUCGAGUGGACGCGAGGGGACAGGGUCAUCUGGAAGGUUUGAAAUGAGUCAGAAGCUCAUGCAGAAGAUCCUCAAUGAGGGAAAGGAGCUUGCAGAAAUAAUGGACGAAAUGACUGGUGAGAAGGACGUGAGAUCUGGACAAGGAGCAAUGGGAGUUCUCACAGCCGGUCACCUCAAUCGUGCCGAAUCCUACACACACGGACUGAUAUACGCGUUAGCCCCGUUUCUGUCAAGUCGGACGUAUUGGGACAAUUAA